GGAGGACGGGCCAGCCCCUUCUCCGCUUCGAUGGAUGGCUGCCAGCUCUGGAUCUGGCCUCUGAAACUUAGAAUGAAUCAGAUUUUCUUGCAGACUGGGGACAGAUUCUCUUAUUGAUCUCUGCAGAUCAAAAUUCUGCCAGAGAAGUUGGGCAGACUGGAGUUUCUCCCGGUCACUUGGCAACCCUGCUUUAAAGGCGUGUAGGCAUCACCACGGAAUCUGGAAUGAAAAUGAAGAAGCACGACCUCCAAGUUCUCAAAAUAGGGGAAGGAUCAGAGGCAGCAAGAAAAACCCCUCACAUUCUCCAGCCUGGAAGCAUCAGAGAAUACCUGGAAAGGAGAUCAGGAGAUCCAAUGCAUUACCAAGUAGGGGAAUGUUCUCUUUCCUUUGCACAGUGGGAAGCCCAGUGGCAGGAGUUCCUCAGGACAGUGGAAAACCCUCACUCUGGGUGGGGAAUCCCACAAUUGCCAGAGAAACCUUCACACUGGGAAGAUGCCAAGGCCUUUCUUGCCUCUUUUGAGCAAGUGGCCAAAGCCUGUCAGUGGCCCCAGGAAGAGUGGAUGACCCGACUCCGCCCAGCCCUCAAUGGAGAAGCUGAGAAGGCCUUUAAAGGGUUGGCUGCCAGAGACAGAGAGGAUUAUGGGAAGGUAAAGGUGGCCAUCUUGCAUGGGGACACCUUGAGCAGGGAGAAGCAGCGUGAGCAGUUUCGGCGUUUCUGCUACGAGGAGGCUGAGGGGCCACAGGAGGCUUACAUCCGAUUGCGGGAAAUGUGCCGUAGGUGGCUGAGAGUGGAGAAUCAUAGCAAGGAGCAAAUCCUGGAGCUCUUGAUCUUGGAGCAGCUGCUGAGUGUCCUGCCCCCAGAGAUCCAGAGCUGGGUGAGGGGGAACAGUCCUGAAAGCUGCUCCCAGGCAGUAGCCCUAGCCGAAGAAUUCAUCUUGAGGCAGGAGAAGCAGGUGCCGUUGGAGGAGGCAUCCGGGAGUGUCUCCCAGGCAAGCCAGGAUCUGUGUGACAGUGAGCAGAUGCAACUUCGUGUGGAAACAAAAGAGGAGCAGGAUGGAGAUACCCAUCUGAUGGGGGAUGCAGAUGGUUUUGGAGAACAACAUCACUUAUCAGAAAAAGACAGGAAUGAAGAAUUGAAAGGCAGAUUCAGGGAUCACGACCAACCACAGAGGCAGGAGGGAAGCCACAUUGUGGACAGGAGGGGUAAACCCAUUCCUUGCCAAGGAGGGGACUUUCAGGUAUUCCCAGUCCAGCAAGAAAAGCCAACCCAAAGUAGAAAGAACAGAUUCCUUAAUGGGCACUUAGGAAGCCACAAAGGAGAGAAGCUGAAUAAAAAUGUUAAGUUAGGAAAGAGCUUUAGUCAGAGCACAAAUGUUUCUGCAUCACUGACAUUCCAUGGAGGGGAGAUGUUGUACAGCUGCUCUGACUGUAGCAAAAGCUUUAAGAUCAAAUCUAAUUUUGUGAAACAUAAGGCGAUGCAUGCUAAGGUGAAACCAUACAGAUGUUCUGAGUGUGGGAAGAGCUUUGGACAGAGCGCCGGCCUGAUUUCCCAUAAACGGGUCCACACGGGGGAGAAGCCGUACAGAUGCUCAGAGUGUGGGAAGAGAUUCAGUCACAAACUGAGCCUCAGUAUCCAUGAGAGAGUUCACACAGGGGAGAGACCGUAUCAGUGCUCGGAAUGUAGCAAAAGCUUUUGCGACAAAUCAAAUCUCACCAAGCACAAGAGGAUCCACACGGGGGAGAAACCCUACCAGUGCUCCGAGUGCGGGAAGAGUUUCAACCGGAGCACAGCCCUCACUUCGCAUCAGAGAAUCCAUACACAAGAGAAGCCAUACGAAUGCCCCGCGUGUGGAAGGAGUUUCAGUCAGCUUGCAACCCUUAUGUCACACCAGAGAAUUCAUGUGAUGGAAAAUUCUCACACCAACCUCCCAGUACAAUUAAGGCAUCAGAUUGAAUUCUGGCCUUCUGAUGCGCAGUUACAUGAAGAAGGGACUUUCUAGCGACUUUCUCUUUGCUGCAGACCUUGGCUACAGAGGCUUUGCUAGCUUUCUCUUGAAGUUUAUUCAGCUUAGAAACAUAUUUCUGUUUUGCAAACCUUCGUAGUUUGAGGAUACUAGAUAUCUUUGUGCUCUUUAUGAUUGGGGAAGUGGCUCAUUCUGUAGUUUUCAUUGUACAUUUUCACUGAAUGAAGAGGUUAGCUGUAUUUUUAUUAUUUAUAUCUCACCCUGUGGGGCUAGAGGCAAAGUAGAAAAUAAAUUACAAAAACAGUCUGCACUUGA